CUAUCUCUUUAUCUUCAAAAUCUCCCCGAAACCAUUCCUUAUGCAGACCCUUCGAUCCCACAGUAUGGCUUCGAUUUCUUCACCUUGGAUGAUGAAAAGAUCCAGGAUUAUGGUCCCAUCGGCGCAGUGAACCAUGAACUCGAAGUGCGCAUGGGUCAGCGUAACAAAGGUCCCAUUUCUUUUAAGGAGCGCGGACCUAGCCUCAAUGCCGUGACCAAUGUGCUUGGUGGCUACUUGGAUCAGUAUCACGAGUCUCCCGAGACAGUACUUCUUGUCAAAUGGGUGGAUGACCUUACAAUAGCAGCAGCUGCUGCAUUCAAAUCUGCCAGCAUUCCAGUAAGCUCGUUUUUACUGUAUUUAGGGGUGACAAAUAACUUGCCAACAAUUCAGUUACCAUUCGAGUCUCGCACGAUGGCAGCAAAACCUAAGGAGUCAGUGGUUCAUCAGCCGAUUCAGCCCCUCUCAAACUCCAUUGACCAACGGUACAUUGACUUACCCGAAGUUGCUGAUCUUCGGACAAGUGGUGCCAAGAUACACCCUCUCCUUCUUGAGGGAACAAGGCGCUGUUAUAAGGUCCGAGAAGGCGAAGUUUGGAAGGAGGUCCGGUGCAUUGGCAGUAAAAAAUGUGGGACAACAUGGAAUGCCCCUCGUUCUCGUGACCGAAUCAUGGGACACCUUGCAAAGUGUAGUCACAUUGAUGAGAAGUUUCACGAUCGUGCAACUGAGUUCUUGGCGGGUGUUGCCAAAGGCCCUAAAUUGUCCAUUCCAGAUGUGACAGUGGAACAGUCAAAUGCAAAGGACUCGGACGACGGAGAAGUCAUGGUGAUGACUCACCAUGGCAGUGAUGACCAGAAGAAGACUGCCAACAAGUCAGUAAAAUCAUUCAGCCCUUUUAUCUCCAAGGGGAAGCAGGAUCUCAAGGAACGAGUCGACCAUGCUGUAAUGAAGUUCAUUGUCUGUUGUGGUGUUCCUCCAACGGUUGUGGAUUCUGAAGAAUGGAAGCAGUUACUUUUGGCCCUGAAUCCAAACUACCAUACAACGAGCUCUACAGCACUUACAAAAAGUCUGAUUCUCAAAGAGGCAGCAAAAAUCAGCGAAGGUAUCAAGGAUUAUCUCCACAUGGCUCGCCACCUCACAAUCACCUUUGAUGGUGGCAAAGUACGUCGUCCAAGAUCCCUCUACACCAUUCACAUUACGGUCCCUGGUGGUCGAACAUUCUGCAUGGAGCUUAAUGAUGCUGAUAUAUGUCUUCUCCCUGAAUUUGCCGAGGUAAUUCGUCAAGUGCGAGGAGUUCUUUCAUUCAUGAGCCACUCAACUUUUGCUGCAGAGCACUUUGAACACCAACGUGCUCUGCUGAAUAUCGGACGAGGCCUUGAGGGUAUAGGCGAUACUCGAUUUGGUACCCUCUACUGGGCUGCUUUGUCAGUCCAGAGAGGAAUACCAGCUUUUCAGGCUAUCAUUGAGGAUGAGAGUCUUGGAAUUGAAAUUAGAGGCAACCUUAACGAACUUUUUGUCCCUGGAGGGCCAAGGUACCGUUUUGAGAUGGACCUUUCCAAAUUCCUGUCCGUUGUCGGUCCCUGGGCCAGAGGGUUGAAGUGCCUCGAGGGUGCCCAAAUCACUGCUGACCAUGUGUACUUCGUGUUCCUCGGCAUAAUGUCACAGCAUGAAGAGGAAUUUCGUGAAAACAAACAUAGGCUACUCAAUAGUACAAUGGAAUCUACUCGCCAGAUUGGGAAUGGGCGUUUCGACGAGCUUAUUAAUGAGACACCACAGUCUCAUGAUUUGUAUGUGACGACCUUUGUGCUGAAUCCAGUAUACCGAAAUGCACCCAUUUACAAGCAGGUCAACCCCAUGGCAGGCCCGACUCUCACAAUCACUAAAUCUGUUACUGGUGUCAUCACCUGUGCCACAAAGCCUCCUCAGGACAUGGUAUCGCGUGCUGCCCUUGCCCUACAAAGGAUUUUACGACGCGAGUAUGGAGAUUCCUACGAGGUUGGAAAGUAUCCUGAUCCAGUAGGCGAGAUGAAGCUGCGCAAUCCUAUGCUUGCUGAGUUCAGCCCCAUGGAUGCGCUGGCUUCUUUUCGGACCCAAUUCAAAGCCUACAUCAAGGGCGAGGACCCAUUCAAUCGGAAGAUGAGAACAAAUGAAAGUGCUCUUGGCUGGUGGAAAGCAUUGCAGAGAGACGAGUUAGCUAAUGUUCUUGCACCUCUCGCAAUCAAGGCUUUUUCAGUGUCUCCAACGUCCAUGCCGGAUGAACGCACCAUG